UAAAAUAAUUAGAUCACAUUUUCCGUGGCUUCUGCCAGCUUAAGAAAUUUUACUCGUAAAAUAAAACUGAUACGAUUUUAAAUUGUCGUCGAAUGAAACGAAAGCUGUAUAGUGUCUCUUAAUAUGAAAACGAAUUUUAUCGUUGGAAGUUUAUGGCAUACGAAACAAAUUAUUUUUAAUUUAUUAUAACGUGGAUAUCGAUCGGCAUUACACGCGCUGGAAAGGAUUUAUUCAUUGUGAACAGUGUAUUACAUCACCGUAAGUCUCAUCGAUGCUUUUCAACAGUUUUCGGAUGUUUGUCGAUGGGAGAAACACGACUACUGAAAUAUCUUAUAAUUCCGAAAAAAUAUUGAUGAGAUAUGCAGCAUCAAGUUGAACAAAGGCUCCCAAAAAUCUUAACGUACGAGUACAGUGACAGCGUGGUGUCUGCUAGUGACAUAAAUCGAAAAAAUGAGUGCGGUAGAGACGCCCCAUUUUAUUCGCACUAUCGAGUGGGAUAUGAUGGACAAAACAAAGUUUUUCCCAUUGAGUAUGCUCUCGUCGUUUUCAGUGCGUUGUUGUUUAUAUCCAUUGACGGUGAUCAAAACACGUUUGCAAGUUCAAAGGCACAAUUGUAUUUACAAUGGAAUGAUAGAUGCUUACAAAAAGAUAUACAAAGUCGAAGGCUUGGCGGGUCUUUAUAGAGGAUUCUGGAUAAGUUCUGUACAAAUUGUAUCCAGUGCGUUUUACAUAUCUACGUACGAAGGUGUUCGUCAUAUACUUGGACAAGAUCGUGUUCUAGGCGGUAUAGAUUCGCGGGUUAAAGCAUUAAUCGCCGGUGGUGCUGCUAGUCUAGUAGGUCAAACGAUAGUAGUUCCUUUCGAUAUUCUAAGUCAGCACUUGAUGGUUCUUGGGAUCGGUAGUAGAAAAUAUGGCAAGAAUUCUAUAAACAAAAUGGAAAUAAAUCCAUUGGGUCUAACUCUCGAACCUGGGAAAACUCAUGCUCAGAUAUCGGCAAAUAUUAUAAAAUUAAUUUAUCAGAGAGACGGUUAUAGAGGCUUCUAUCGGGGGUAUGUUGCAUCGUUGUGUGCGUACGUUCCUAAUAGUGCACUUUGGUGGGGACUCUAUAUAUCUUACCAAGAACAGCUUAUCCAACUAUUUCCGGAAUGGUUUUCUCACUUGUUUAUUCAAGCUGUGGCUGGAACAUUAGGAGGAUUUACUACUACGAUCGUUACGAAUCCUCUAGAUAUUGUACGGGCAAGAUUACAGGUGCAAAGAUUAGAUAAUAUGUUUAGUACGUUUAAAGUUCUUUGGGUGGAAGAAAGGUUGCAGAUAUUUACAAAAGGACUGUCCGCGCGACUUGUACAAUCCGCUUGUUUUAGUUUUUCGAUUAUUUUAGGGUACGAAACCAUUAAAAGAUUCAGUAUAAACGAAGAGUACAAAAGUUACAUUAGGUGGUAGAUAUUCGUUUGUACAUAACAUUUCUAGGAACAAUUUUUAUGUUAAUGCAUUUCUCGCCGAUUCUGUAUUAUACAUAGAAAAAUGUAACAGACACGCACCAAAGAAAAGAGAAUGAGAUCAUAGAAAAUGAUCGUUUCGAUGACGGUACACAUGUUAUACAAAAUGUAAAUAUUAUAAUUGUAACAGAGGUUAAUAGAUGCGAGGAAAAUGGAUAAAAAUAUUUAUUUUAUAAAAUACACAUAAAUAUAAAUUUUAA